ACGGCAAGGCGUUUCAUAGAUGUUUUGCAGUAUAUUUACAGAUUUAAGUUGUUGGUGUUUGUUUUUCGUCACCCCUUUAAACCUUAAUUAAUAGUUUAAAUGUACUAGUUGUGACGGGGCAUAUGUCCUGCGCACUGACUUUGAUGCGGGGGAGGGCACGCUCCAUCUGGGAUCGCCAUCAGCUGAAUGGAGUUAGCUGGUGGGCGGGUCUCAGCGGAGCGUGUCUGUUUAAAAAGAGCAGCUCGGCAGCGUGCGCGCAACCUGGAGUCGGCAUCCGUUAGGGCCGUGCUCUGCUCAUUCUGUUUUUGUUUUAUUGUUUGUUUAUUUAUUUUUGUAUUUUAACGUCCUUUACUCUGUGUCUUCCAUCGUGGUUCUCUGCUGCCUCCCUGCUACUCUCCAGCGCGGUAGGAAAAUGAAUCCUUUACAUAGUUUAAUUAUUUAAAUCACAGGAGAAAACAAACGCACAAUGCAUUCGGCAAUUAGACUGAAGCAGACGGAACGAAAUGCAGGUUCAAAUAGAUUUUCAAUUUUAUGUGUUGGAAAACAUGGAUCGAGAAUUGAUUAGCAGUUUGCUACGCAUGUGAACUGGCAGAGCUAUACUGGUGUUCUUUUCUGAAAAGAGACUAAUAUUGCAGAUAGCAGACUUUGGUUCAAAUUGCAUAUACUGCUAACAAUUGAUAAGAGACCUUGCAUCUAGAAGCUUCUUGUCCAACAUUGACUGCAAGCUAGCAAGAUAACAAUGCUGUGGACCAGAAGGGGCCAGGCUCUAAGACUUUUGGGAAUACAAAGCAUAAAGGAGCUAAAAGGCUCCCAGGGACUGCCGUUGGACCCAAAGGUUCACAGGGAGAAUAAGAGAUAAUGCCACUGGACUCAAAGGGUCUCAGGCAAAACGGAGAGAUAGGAACAAGGAAGAUGACAAAAACCAGAUGUAUGGACCUUUUUGGGGCACCAGGGGUCUGAAGAAUGCACUGAGUUCAGAGGUCGUCACAAUAGACUACACACACAGACACACACACACCACACACACACACUCACACUAAAUGAAAUAUAUGGUAACAGGAUAAUGUGUUGUACCUUUUCUAUUGGUUAAGUGUUAGAGAAAGAGGAGGUGGACCAUCUAUACAGAAGGGUAUUUAAUGUCAUGCAACAAUUGUAAGAACGAGUAUUCUGUUUGUCCUGUACCUGGGACCAGACUCCCUGCAUAUUUCAUUAAACCUAACAACUGAGUGAAGAAAAGGACUCUGUGCAUUUUCUUGAAUUUACUUACUCACCAUCUUUUUUUUUAAGUUACAUCAAUAUGUAACUUGAAAUCUCCAACUUAAUUAAGGGUUAGUUUAAGUAGUUGAGAGCUCUCUGCAUAUCUACCACACGCUCAAACUUGCAAACAGUAUAAAAGUGUAUUGUUAAGGAGUGACGACGUCAUCACACAGGGUGACGCAGUUUAAAGGUGGAGAGACCAACACAAAGGGGCAUCACAGUCAGUGCAAACUUGUCCAAUGUAAUUAUGGUCCGCUUCACUAACUCUCCUCCCCACCGCUACCUGAUCCUCCCUCCUUCUCCUCCUCUCUGCACCUCCUGGCUUCUCCCUGCACCUCCCCACCCAUCCCUGCCUCUCCUGUCUGUCCCCUGCAGGGUGUGCUCUGAGAAGCACAGGGAGAAGUCUCGUGAAGCUGCCCGGAGUCAGGGAGAGAAGGAGAGCGAGGUCUUCACACAGCUGGCCCUGCAGCUCCCCCUACCCCUUGGCGCUGCCCAGCAGCUGGACAAGGCGUCCAUCGUGAGGCUGACCCUGAGCAACCUGUGCCUCCGAGAACUGCUGCAUACAGCAGAGGCAGGCUGCGGUGAAGUGGACAAUGAGGUGGAGAGGACUGCACCUGUGGAGACGUCGAUCGAGGGAUUCCUGCUGCUGCUGUCCCAGGACGGGGUCAUCAUUUACACCUCAGAGGAAGUGACGAGACACACGAGCCUCAGCCAGGCAACAUCUACCAGUGUACUGCAGUCACCAGCCAGAUGGAUCUCAUUGGGCAGUGUAUUUUGAUUCAUUCAAACCUGUGACAAGGAGGAGAUGUGCAAGGCCAAUCAGGGUCGCACAGUCAACCUCAAAUCGGCUUCCUGGAAAGUGAGCAAAUCAAUUCUAAUUCACAUAUCCUGCCUCCCGAGGUAUAGGUAUGCUUUACCUGUAACAAGCUCCUGCAAUCUGGUUACAAUUUCACUUCCUGCAAUCUGGUUACAAUUUCACUUCCUGUAGUCAGAUUACAUUUUUAGUCAUACAAUGCAUUAGUAAGACCUCACCUAGAAUUUUGUGUUCAGUUCUGGUCACGUCGUUACAAAAAGGAUAUUGCUGCUGUAGAAAGAGUGCAAAGAAGAGCAACCAGAAUUAUCCCGGGUUUAAAAGGCAUGUCGUAUGCAGACAGGCUAAAAGAAUUUAACCUAUUCAGUCUUGAACAAAGAAGACUAUGCGGCGAUCUGAUUCAAACAUUCAAAAUCCUAAACGGUAUAGACAAUGUUGACCCAGGGGACUUCUUUGACCUGAAAAAAGAAACAAGGACCAGGGGUCACAAAUGGAGAUUGGAUAAAGGGGCAUUCAGAACAGAAAAUAGGAGGCACGUUUUUACACAGAGAAUUGUGAGGGUCUGGAACCAACUCCCCAGUAAUGUUGUUGAAGCUGACACCCUGGGAUCCUUCAAGAAACUAACAACCAAACGAGCAAGAUGGGCUGAAUGGCCUCCUCGUUUGUAAACUUUCUUAUGUUCUUAUGUUUGUUUUAGUUUGUCAGGAUCCAGCCAAUCUGCAGGCUGUUAGUGUCGGUGUUCACCGGCAGAGGGCGACAAAGGAACCAAAAGAGCGCAAGGUGCUGUGGCAAUGGCAAAGACUGUGAGGGGGCGCUAAAGGAGCAUCCUCACAUGUUGUUCCUGUGUGGACCACACAGGGUGUGGUCUUUUUGGUACCAAGGGACAUACUACUUGGAAGACUUGCCUGUUCACCUGGAAAAGGAUUACAAACUACAUUUCCCGAUAGCCCUUGUGGAUUAUAAAGAAAGUGAACAAGUGACACUUACCUGGCGAGACUUUCUGUUCCGAGAGCAGAUUUACUGUUACCAGCAGCGACUGGAUGGAACUUGGACUGGUCUCUGUUUGCUAAAGCAAUACAUUUUUCCUUGCAACGAGGACAGCUCGUGCAAACAAUAGAGAGGGUUGAAGAAGUGAGAUUAGUGGGCAGGUUUUCUUUUGUUUUGUUUAUUUUCAAAAAUGUUCUGUUGAGUCUUUGAACUUUGUUUAAGGAAAUAAUAAAAACUGCCUUAAC